GGUAGGUAACCAAAAUAAACACAAACCCAGGCGCUGGCUUUUGUGCCAUGAAGGCUUACCUAUCAAGACUGAUGGAAUAAUGUCGAAGCGCAUGAUGUGUCGCGUUUUGUGAGGCUCACAGUGCUCAGUUAAUUGUUUUCGCUGCUGUUUCAGGGAAGGUCAGUUGAUAUUUUGAGAGCAGCUAGCAGCAUUAGCCACACGUCCCUUUUUGGCAGUCUGGUAACUUCGGCUGUAAGCAGGUCAACCGCUGGACCUCAAACACGGACGGGGUCGUUUCACUAAAAUCUCGGCCUGUUCAUAACAGCACUGACACUUUUGUGCGGAGGAUAUAUUCUCAUGAUUGUUGUCAAUACAUUCUGGCUAACUCAGCUAGCGUUAGCCUGUGCAAGUUACUAGCUGGGAUGUAGACAAAGCUAACCCAAAUGUUUCCCAACGAUGACCAGCAUAAGCUGAAGUCUUCACAGAGGGACAAGGUACGGCAGUUCAUGUCCUUCACACAGGCCGGGGAGAAGACGGCCGUGUACUGCCUCACGCAAAAUGACUGGAAACUAGAAGUUGCGACGGACAACUAUUUUCAGAAUCCAGAGCUUUACUGUAAGGAAUCCAUGAAAACCUCGGUGGACCGGAAAAAGCUGGAGCAGCUCUACAAUCGUUACAAAGAUCCCCAGGAUGAAAAUAAGAUCGGCAUUGAUGGGAUCCAGCAGUUUUGUGACGACCUCUCAUUGGACCCGGCCAGCAUCACCGUGCUGGUUGUCGCGUGGAAGUUCCACGCCGCCACUCAGUGCGAAUUCACCAAGAAAGAGUUCAUGGAUGGAAUGACAGAACUGGGGUGCGACAGUCCAGAAAAACUGAAAGCCCUUUUGCCAAGAUUAGAGCAGGAGCUAAAAGACAGCGGGAAGUUCAAAGACUUCUACCAGUUCACUUUUAACUUUGCCAAAAACCCUGGACAGAAAGGUCUUGAUUUAGAGAUGGCUGUAGCCUACUGGAACCUGGUUCUGUCAGGACGAUUUAAGUUCCUUGACCUUUGGAAUAGAUUUCUUUUGGAACAUCAUAAACGAUCCAUCCCAAAGGACACGUGGAACUUAUUGUUGGACUUUGGUAACAUGAUUGCAGAUGACAUGUCUAACUAUGAUGAGGAAGGUGCAUGGCCGGUCCUUAUAGAUGAUUUUGUGGAAUUCGCUCGACCGAUUGUUACAGGAUCCAAACGUAAAACUCUCUAAAUCCGACCCCGACCCUGGAAAGCCAGAACAUUGUUUCUUUUACAGCGACAUCAUAGUUUUUUUAAGACUUGUACAAAAAGAAAAGUGGAAAAACUGUAGACCUCAGAAGAGAAAACAGAAGCACUUGAAACCGUCUUUCAGGGAGCCGAGUUGAGAAACAGCUGGCCACAUUUUCGGUCUCCUUGAGACGGAGGCGUCAUACGGACAUCGCCAGUGUCUCGGCGUCCCGGAGGGCCCUCCCCUCCGCUCUGCUCUGCUCCGCUAGGAGCGCUACAGCCUCACGACUGGGCCAACGAGGGACACAGUACCGAGACGAGGUUCACCCGCUGUGCGAUCUUUAAACGGACAGGACAGAAGAGAGCUGUGUGUUUUAAGAUUCUUCCAGGUCAUCUUUGUUUUGGUAUAUGAAGCUCUGCGUGACUGUGCAAACAUCCCAUGUCUUAACUCCAGCUUUGGGACAGAGUGCUCGCGACACCAGCACCAACAGAACUGUUGCAGUUUUUAACUGUACAUACUGUAUCUAAUGGGACAGAUAACAAAGAGAGCUAUAAGAAGAAUAAUAUAAUUAUGUUCAAUUUAUAAAUGCAAAAAGAUGAUUGUUUUAUGUACAGUAAAUGCUCAGAUCUCUAAACGGUGAUGCCUCAAUAUUCUGGAUAAUAAUGCUGUUGGUUUAGUCGUUCGGUGGAUGUCCAGUCAUGGAGUUGUGAGCUCAUUGAAAGCAUGUUCUAAAAUCAUUUUACGUCACUUCGGGCUGGUUUCAGAAAUAAAGUUUCACUAAAGUAAA